AUGUCCUUUUCUCGAGUUGAGCAGGAGGUAACAGCACUGGUCAGCUCCUUGAGAAAUCCUAGGACUCAGGCCCUGGUGAAGGGCAAGUGGGAGAGCUGGCUACGUGAUGAAUCCGGCCUGCAGCCUUUACUGGAUGAGGUUCCUGCCUAUUUCGCAGAUGGUGUCUGGGACCGGUUUUCAGCGACUUUCAUGAUCCCUUUCCUUGAUAUGUUGGUGCAAAAUGUGGAGAGUUGCUUUCCUGAAAUGGGUAUGUUGGGGAACUUUAAUGUGCUUGCACCAAGGAGAAUUCAAGAGGGAAUCAUGGACACGAAGUUUGGGCAGCAAGAGAUGCAGUCCCUGGCAAGGCAUUUCCCCAGGCUGAAAGAGGAGGACUUGCUGAUUGAGUGGGAAGCAUUUCUGGAGCAAGCAAUGCUCCCGGACCUCAAGUCAAAAACUCUGGAAGAGGCCAUGAAGUGGCUGAUAAGCCCAGAUGGCUUGGAGCUGUUCCCUCAACUGAGUCUGGCUGCUGCUAUAGCACUCACUGCCCCAGUACAGACUGCAGACGUGGAGGCUCUUCUCAGCCCUCAAGAUAGUGAGAACACCUCUGCGAAACAGGCUGACAGAUUGCCAUUUAGAUGUGUGCUGCCGGGUGGCAAUUGA